AUGGCGUCUCUCUUCGUCAAGCUGGGCUCUGUGUCUGACCUGGCAUCAUCAGGCAGAAUUGUCAAGGAGCUGCCAGAUCGCUGCUUGGUGCUUUUCAGGAAGUCCAAUGGCGAGCUCGUGUGCGUGGAGGUCCAGGACGCAGAGUACGCCCAGCGCGACAGCAACGACCUGCUGGCCCUGCCCGGCAGCAAGACGCACAGGGUCAUUUGCGACACUGACGGCAUGCUGAGCAUUGCGCCCACCCCCAAGUCGGCGCCCGUGUUCGACAACACCGCUGGUCCUCGCAUCGGCGACGGCUACGGCCUUGGCGGCCCCAACGCCGCCGCCAGCGCCAACAUGCCCCCGCCGCCGCCGCCGCUGGUGCCCUUCGCCGGCCUGGACCGCAAGGCGAUGCCGCCGUCCCCCGCCAAGCCGUUUGCCAUGCAGGCGUCGCCCGUCAAGCCCAGCCCCAUGAAGGAGCGCAUCGACAGCGCCACCACCGCGGUCGCCUCAAAGGCCUGGGGCGCGCGCCAGGCCAGGAUGAGCGAGUUCUUCGGCAGUGCCAAGGCCGCCGCCAAGCCGACGGCGGCGACGGCGCCCGCACCCAGGGCGGCGCCGCAGGUCCUGGGCACUGUUCAGGACAUGGACUUCUGA